AGAAACACAAAGCUUCUACUUUGCUUUCACAAUGACAACGGAUUAUUUUAUUACUCGAAAGCAAUCUGGUUUUAGUGAUGGCCUUGAAACCCCAACUUCGCCAACAAGUGCUCAACCGCGGAGCAACCCGCUGGCCACAAAGGUGACCUCUGUCCUUUCAGCAUCUUAUGCAGACUCGGAUAUCAGAGAUGCCUUGAAUCUGUUAGACAUUCGCGGGACCCAGAAUCAUUCAGAGACUCGGCGGCAAAUAAGACUAGAUGUUCAGAAGGAGGUCAUCGAGAGCAAUGGAGACAUCAUCCGCGAGUUCGGUCACGUGGCUGAGCAAUUGAAACGUAUUGGUGCCACCAUCGCAAGUCUGAAUCAAGGGUGUGAGGAGAUGAAGCGCCAUAUCUCUGCAGCCCAUCAAGAGACCACCCCAGUUCUACAAGAGGCUUCCGAGCUUCUAAAGCAGAAAGACCAAGUGGAAGCAAAGCAGCAGCUUCUGAAAGCUUUUGAUGCUCAUUUCAUCAUGUCGGAGGAUGAUAUUGCCAUUCUUACGUCAACUGCAGAGCCUGUAAACGACAGAUUCUUUUCGCUUCUAGCAAGAGCUAAGAGGAUACAAAAUGAUUGCGAGAUCUUGCUUGGCACAGAGAACCAACGUCUCGGUCUUGAAAUUAUGGAGCAAACUUCCAAGAACCUCAACGGAGCAUUUCAAAAGCUUUACAGGUGGAUUCAACGUGAAUUCAAAUCGCUUAAUCUGGAGAACCCGCAGAUUAGCUCGUCAAUACGUAGAGCCCUUCGAGUUCUUGCUGAGCGACCUUCACUAUUCCAGAAUUGUCUCGACUUCUUUGCUGAAGCUCGUGAACAUAUACUGUCUGACGCCUUCUACACUGCCUUGACUGGAACUUCGGUCACUGGAGCUGAGGACACUUCCAUCAAGCCUAUUGAGUUGGUGGCUCAUGACCCCUUACGGUAUGUGGGAGAUAUGCUGGCAUGGACGCAUUCUGCAACGGUUAGCGAGAGAGAAGCUCUAGAAGUUCUCUUCAUCUCAGAUGGAGAUGAAAUCGCCAAAGGGAUACAAGCUGGCCGAGAUAGUGAACCUUGGAACCGAAUAUCCGAGGAUGAAGACGAUACAAACUCUUUCGAUGGACUCAAGGCGCUGAACGAACUGGUAGAUCGUGAUGUCGCAGGUGUAGCCAGAGUACUCCGACAACGAAUUGGCCAGGUUGUUCAAAGUCACGAAGAGACAAUAAUGGCAUACAAGAUAGCCAACCUACUAAACUUCUACCGGGUGACAUUCUCAAAAUUAUUAGGCGACGAUUCCGCACUUCUCGACUCAUUAUCCACACUCGAAGAAUCAGCUCUCCGUCAAUUCCGAGUCCUGAUGCGAGACCACAUCGCCGGUCUCCAAGCAGACGCCCAAGCAAUUCCCCCAGACCUCAGCCCUCCAGAUUUCCUCCAAGACGGCUUAAAGCAACUCACCGCCAUAAUGAAGACCUACGACACAUCCCUAACCUCUCUCGACAGCCGAGAAGCCGAUUUCCAGCCCAUCCUAGCCGAAGCCUUCGACCCAUUCCUGAAAGCAUGCGAAAGCAUAUCCAAAACCCUCCCGGACCCCCGCCGCGCUAUCUUCGCCAUAAAUUGCCUCCUAGCAGCGAAAAGUACCCUCUCCUCCUUCGACUUCACCCAACAGCGAACCUCCGACAUGCAAGCCAGCAUCGAAGAACACGCCACCAGCCUGAUCACCGACCAAUACACAUUCUUCCGCGCCAACUCCGGUCUCCAACCACUGAUCCAGGCCUUAGAACCGCUUUCAGACUCCAAAGAAGACUUAUUAUCCAUUCACAACCUGCCCGUUUUCCAAGCUGCCGCUCUGACGCAGGCUAGCCAGACAUUAGAUGAUUUCUUGCCGUCGGCGCUGAUGGACGCUAUGGAGAAUUUGAAGUUCUUGCAGAGUUCUAAGUUGGCGAGGGAGAUUACCGAGGAGGCUGCUGAGAAGUUUUGUGAUGAUUUUGAGAGGGUGGAGGAGAGGUUGAUUGCGGCUGAUGAUUUGAUGGAGGAGGAGGGCGGUGAGUCUACUGAGCUGUUGAGGACUAUGUUCCCGAGGACGAGUGGUGAGAUUAGGGUUUUGUUGUCUUAGGAUUUAAAAUGAAUAUUAUGAAGAGUCUUUCUCGGUUCCUUACAGGAGAUUUUGGCGUAUUCUCAAAUACAAUAAUGAUUGUCUUCGAGUGGAGCAACUACUGAUGUUUGAAAGACCGUCUUCAUGUAUCUAUUACUUUCUUGA